AUGGUGACGGGCUCGGCGCUGGGCUCCCGCAGCCGGGACCGAGCCGCGCCGCCCCCCUGCCCGUCGCCGCCGCCGUCGGCGGGCGGGCGGCGCGGCGGGGCGGCGGCGGCGGCGGCGGCGGUGCUGGCGGGGCUGUGCGCCCUCUGCUACGGCAACUCCCUGCGGGGCGAGUUCGUGCACGACGACGUCUGGGCCAUCGUGAACAACCCCGACGUGCGGGCGGCCGCCCCCGUGGCCGCCGCCUUCGCCAACGACUUCUGGGGCAAGCGGAUGGCCGAGAACACCAGCCACAAGUCCUACCGGCCCCUCUGCGUCCUCACCUUCAAGUUAAACAUAUUGCUGGCUGGUAUGAACCCCUUCUAUUUCCACGCAGUGAAUGUAAUUUUACACUGUCUAGUGACUCUUGUGCUGAUGUACACUUGUGACAAAGCUGUGUUCAAGGACUGUCGACUUGCUUUUGUCACGGCGCUGUUCUUUGCUGUGCAUCCCAUUCACACUGAGGCUGUAACAGGUAUAGUAGGCAGAGCGGAUGUCCUAGCCUGUCUACUCUUUCUGUUGGCUUUUCUCUCCUAUAAUAGGAGUGUGGAUCAGCUUUAUGUUGGGGAACAUUUCCCUCCCACUGCCUCCCCAUUCUUUUUGCUGCUUAGUUUAUUCCUUGGGACGUGUGCAAUGCUGGUGAAAGAAACUGGAGUCACUGUGUUUGGUGUGUGCUUGGUUUAUGACUUCUUUUCCCUCUCCUGCAAUGGACUCAAACUGAGAAACGGGGGGAUCCACCAGAGACCUGCCCGGCAGCCCGCGGCUUCUCCCUCUGCCUCGCUGCAGGUCCCUCUGGCCGGCCGGGAGAACGGGAAGCAUCGCUUUGCUCACCGGGGCACCUGGAGCUCCUGCCACCCGGCGUCACCUGAGGAGCAGCGGAGCGGUGGCCUUUCGGUGCCCAGCAAAGCCAUGUGGGCCAUUCGGAGCUACCUGACUGCAAAUAACAACCAGAAUUUCUUGUAUACUGCAAGGCCUUUUUUGAAGAGAGCUGCUUUGGUGAUAAGCUACGUGAUUCUCGUGUUGUAUUUCCGCCUCUGGAUAAUGGGAGGAUCCAUGCCGAUGUUUUCGGAGCAGGACAAUCCAGCUUCAUUCUCGCCGUAUUUACUGACGAGGUUUCUAACUUACUCCUACCUUCUGGCUUUCAAUGCGUGGCUUCUGCUGGCACCAAUCACCCUAUGCUACGACUGGCAGGUCGGCAGCAUCCCUUUGAUCGAGUCCGUCUGGGAUGCGAGGAACUUAGCCACAGUGUUCCUGGUGCUGGUGAUGACGUUACUUAGCCUACACUGCAUAGCUGCAUUCAAGAAACUGGAACACAAAGAAGUUUUGGUUGGCUUGUUGUUCCUGGUUUUCCCAUUCAUCCCAGCCAGCAACCUCUUCUUCAGGGUGGGAUUUGUGGUGGCAGAGCGAGUCCUUUACAUGCCGAGUAUGGGGUACUGCAUCCUUUUUGUCCACGGUCUAAAAAAGCUGUCUACAUGGUUAAAUAAGUGGAGAAUUACUGUUCUGACCCUCUUUGCUUUACUGCUGCUGCUCUUCUCUUGGAAGACCGUGAAACAGAAUGAAAUCUGGCUGUCACGAGAAUCCCUUUUCAGCUCAGGAGUGAAGACCCUGCCCCACAAUGCCAAGGUGCACUACAACUACGCCAAUUUUCUGAAAGACCAGGGCCGUAACGUUGAGGCGAUCUACCACUACAAAACUGCUCUCAAACUGUACCCUCGUCACGCAAGUGCUCUCAACAACUUGGGGACGUUGACCAAAGACGUGGUGGAGGCAAAGGACUACUACAGACGGGCCCUUCAGUUAAACCCUCAGCACAAUCGAGCUCUCUUCAAUCUCGGCAACCUGCUCAAGUCCCAAGGGAAGAAGGAGGAAGCUGUAAUCUUACUGCGGGACUCCAUUAAGUACGGCCCAGAGUUUGCAGAUGCUUACUCAAGCCUGGCCUCGCUGCUAGCCGAACAGGAACGGCUUAAGGAAGCAGAGGAGGUCUAUAAGGCUGGCAUAGAAAAUUGUCCAGAGAGCUCCGAUCUGCAUAACAACUAUGGUGUUUUCUUGGUUGAUACUGGGGCUCCCGAGCGAGCUGUGUCCCACUACAGGCAGGCCAUCCACCUGAGCCCCGCUCACCACGUGGCCAUGGUGAACCUGGGCAGGCUUCACCGCUCCCUGGGGCAGAACAAAGAGGCUGAAGCGUGGUACAAGCGGGCACUGAAGGUAUCCCGGAAAGCUGAAAUCCUGUCUCCGCUCGGGGCUCUGUAUUACAACACGGGGCGGUAUGAAGAAGCGUUGCAGGUUUACAGAGAAGCGGCAUCACUGCAGCCUUCAAACAAAGAGAUCCGACUGGCGCUGGCUCAAGUUUUAGCAAUGAUGGGGCGGAUGAAGGAAGCCGAAAAAAUGACGAACCAUAUACUCAACGAGGAUGUGGAGUGUCUGGAGUGCUACCGCCUUCUGUCAGCCAUCUUCAGCAAGCAGGAGCACUAUGCCAAGGCACUUGAAGCUAUAGAAAAAGCUCUUCAGCUAAAACCAAAGGAUCCAAAAGUCAUAUCAGAGCUCUUUUUCACUAAAGGAAACCAGCUAAGAGAACAGAAUCUCCUUGACAAGGCUUUCGAGAGCUAUAAACGGGCUGUGGAGCUCAACCCAGACCAAGCGCAGGCCUGGAUGAAUAUGGGAGGCAUUGAGCACAUCAAGGGGAGCUACGUCACUGCCCGUGGCUACUAUGAGAAAGCCUUACAGCUGGUUCCAAACAGCAAGUUGCUGAAGGAGAACCUGGCCAAACUGGAUCGCUUGGAGAAACGGUUUCAGGACGUCCAGGAGAAAGACCAAACAUAGCAUUCAGUCACCAGUGGAAAGAAACUCAUGCCCCUUGGAGAAGAGUAUGGUGGAAGCCUAUUGCUUGAAGUGAUGCUGAAGGAACUUUGAUAGGACUCAGAAUUAUGGAAGGCAAAUUUUGAAUGCAUGCUUAUGUUUGACCAAAGUUACAGGAGACUCUCGGCUCCUGUGGGAUGUGCUGGAGACUGAAUGAAAACCUCCCUUUAAUCAAGAUUUAUGUUUAGGCUGAACCCAUUUUAAUCACACAGGGAGUGUGGGUGGGACACGUACCUUCAAUAUCUUGGUUGUCGCUGGGGAAGC